AUGAGGGCUCUUGUGCUAGGGUUGGUCUGUUUUGUGACAUGCCCUGGUUCUACAGAGGCUCAGUUUCCUCGAGUGUGUAGCACGGUAGAAGGGAUCGUCUCAAAGCAGUGCUGCCCUGCCCUCGGGUCUGAUCCUGCUAACGUGUGUGGACUUUUAUCUGGACGAGGAAACUGCUCCGACAUCAGAGUCAGUACCAAACCCUGGGGUGGACCGUAUAGGUUGAGAAAUGUUGAUGAUCGAGAAAGGUGGCCGACCAAAUUCUUCAAUCAGACAUGCAGGUGCUCAGGUAACUUUGGUGGCUUUGACUGUGGCCAGUGUAAGUUUGGCUGGACAGGACCAAACUGUGACGUGCAUAAAUCCCCAGUGGUGAGGAAGAACAUCCACUCUCUGACUCCAGCUGAGCUCCAGGAGUUCCUGGAUGUGUUGGACCGAGCCAAGAACACCACCCAUCCAGACUAUGUCAUUGCCACACAGCACUGGCUGGCCCUGUUGGGGCCCAAUGGAACCCAGCCCCAGUUCUCCAACAUCUCCAUCUACGAUUUCUUUACAUGGCAGCACUACUACUCUGUCAGAGACACACUUUUAGGUCCAGGUCGUCCGUUUAAGGCCAUUGACUUCUCCCACAAAGGACCAGCGUUCGUCACCUGGCACAGAUACCACCUCCUUAGUCUGGAGAGAGACCUGCAGAGACUGACUGGCAAUGAGAACUUUGCUGUUCCAUACUGGAACUUCGCCACAGGGCAGACUGAGUGUGACGUCUGUACAGACUCUCUCCUGGGGGGGCACAACCCAGAUGACUCCUCCCUCAUCAGUAACCAGUCCAGGUUCUCCAAUUGGGGGGUGGUGUGUGACAGCUUGGAUGAAUAUAACCGCCUGGUCACUCUGUGUAAUGGGACCAGUGAGGGACGUAUAAGGAGAGGUCAGAUGGGAGGAGCGAGAACCAACAUGAGUCUGCCGACCAUGAAUGAUGUCAGGAGCUGUCUAAACCUCAGAGACUUUGACAACGCUCCCUACUAUACUAACUCUACCUUCAGCUUCAGGAAUGCUCUCGAAGGCUAUGACAAGCCAGAUGGCGAGGCAGAGCUUGACUCCACAGUUAACAACCUGCACAACCUGGUCCACUCCUUCCUCAGUGGAACCAGCGCUCGGUCUCACUCUGCAGCCAAUGACCCCAUCUUUCUGGUGCUCCAUGCUUUCACUGAUGCCAUUUUUGAUGAGUGGAUGAGAAAGUCUGUUCCACCAAACUCCAGCUUUCCAGAUGAGAUGGCUCCAAUUGGUCACAACAGACAUUAUAACAUGGUGCCAUUUUUCCCUCCUGUGACCAACGAGGAGAUUUACGUGGCUUCUGAUCAACUGGGAUAUUCUUAUGCCAUUGAACUCGAUGCUACAGACGGUGGAAUCGUGUUUGUGAUGGGCUCCAGUCUGGGUGGUGUUUUCCUGGGUGCCCUGGUUCUUCUACUCGUCCUGGUGCUCUACUUGCAACAGUAUAGGAAACACAGCUUUGAACCCCUUAUCAAAGCAGAGUUUACCAACAAAAAGUACACAGAGGAAGCCUAG